UAAAGCCUCUCACUGUUAGAAUUCCAAAAUGCUUUAAACUCUCAUUCAAACUCUCAUUACUUGCUGAACUGAGAGUUAGGUAGAAGCUACUCCAAAGAAAGAAGCACCCAUCAGAAGGAGAUUGCGUCCUGGAAACAAGAGCUUGCUAAAUUCGCCAUCGACAAUAUACUGUAGUGCAAUGAUGAGACUUCAUGGCUACAUCAACCACAGAACUGACCCUGUUUCCAUGGCAAUUACCCAGCUGGCCCUCCUUGUUUCAAUUGGCUUCAAUCAAGCACUGCGUCAAACUGUGAAUCCAUUGAUAGAGAACUCCCCCUUCACUGCUCUGUGGAAUGCACCCAUCGAACUAUGUGAGAGCAAAUUUGAUGUUACUGUAGAUCUGAGCCUUUUUGAAGUCAUUGGUAGCCCUAUAGAAACUGCUACAGGGCAACCCAUCACAAUAUUCUACCACAAUAGGCUUGGUUAUUACCCAUACUAUGACGAAAUAACUGGAGAGUCAUUUAAUGGUGGUAUUCCCCAGCUGGCACCCGUCGAUCUUCAUUAUGCGAAGGCAGCUGAAGAUUUUCAGUAUUACAUUCCUUCAAAACAGACUCUUGGAAUUGCAAUAAUAAAUUGGGAAAACUGGAGGCCUCAAUGGAUAAGAAACUGGGACCAGAAGGAUAUUUACAGGACCAAAUCAGUCGAGCUGGUUAUGCAACGAAACCAGUUGUUAAAUAUGAGUGACGCAAUUGUGAUCGCCAAGAAGGAAUUCGAAGAGCAGGCAAAGAACUUAAUGUUAAACACUUUAAAAUUAGGCAAGUCAUUAAGACCAAAUCACUUCUGGGGAUAUUACUUGUACCCAGAGUGUUACAAUUACAACUACAAGGAUAAUAAUAGUAACUACUCAGGGACUUGUCCUGGUAUUGAAAUAGAUAGAAACAAUGAGCUUCUCUGGCUGUGGAAUGAGAGCACAGCACUGUUUCCAUCCAUCUACCUGCAGACGAUGCUCCGAGCUUCAGUCAAUGCUGCUAAGUUUGUACAACACCGGAUUCAGGAAGCAAAGCGAGUCUCAUUGCUUUCCAAUCAGGAAUAUUCACCUCCUUUGUACGUCUACACGCGGCCAGUUUUUACUGAUGCUGCCAAUGAAUACCUGUCUGAGAUUGACCUUGUCCAUACUAUUGGUGAAAGUGUGGCUCUGGGAGCGGCUGGGUUUGUGUUGUGGGGCAGUUUGAGUAUGACUGAAACAGAGAAGGUGUGUUUGGACGUUGCCAACUAUGUUAAAGAAGUCCUGAAUCCUUAUAUUGUUAAUGUGACAUCUGCAGCAAGGCUCUGCAGUAAAAUACUAUGCCAGAAGAAAGGACGGUGUGUGCGAAAGAACUGGGCCUCCCCUGAUUAUCUGCACUUGAACCCUGCGAGUUUCAGAAUCAGCCACAGUGACAAUGGAUACACAGUCAUGGGACGAGCGUCCUUUGAAGAUAUUCUCUUCUUGGCAGAAGCGUUCACUUGUCAGUGUUAUGCAGGGCAGAAAUGUGAGCCCACCAGUGACAUUGUGAACCAUAUCACUGAAUUGGAUGCCUGUGUUAAUCCUUACAAUUGUAUCAAUUUAAAUCCUUACACAAAAUCGUCCACCAAAUCAAAUAUGAUUGAUCCAACUUCAAUCCAUCCAACUUCCACUAUUUUUUCCCAAAAUUCUGCUUGUUCUAUGUAUGUUUCUGUAUAUUCCCCUUUAGCUACCAUAAUUUUUAGUGUACUUUUCAAAAUUCAACAAAUGUGAUUUUGUUUUCAAAUGUAUGCUCAAUUCUGUCCAACUUUAAUUACUAAGCACCUAGAACUUGGAUUCUCACAGGGAAUGCUGGGC